AUGUCGAAUACGUUCGCUACUCCAAAAGAACUUGUAGAAGAGCUUUGUAGAUUACGUGAUUUGAAAGUAGGAAUUUUCGGUGAAAAAAAGCCUACCAUACGCUCCGUCUCCUUUAAUGUUCCAGGUACAAAUUAUGAAUUGACAUCCUGGAGGGUUUGGGAACAGGCUUACCGUAUCAACGUAUCCGAUAGCAAGAAGACGUAUGACGGUACGACCGGUGUAAAAAGACGUCUGCCAACAUGCGCUCGUGGUUUGUUCACCUAUAAGGAUCCUAGCUCAAAGGAACAAAAGAUUGCUAUCCGGGGCUAUGACAAGUUUUUCAAUAUUGAUGAGAUUCCUCUCACUACUUGGAAGUCUAUGAGGGAACACACAAAGGGUCCUUAUGAGCUGACAGUUAAGGAGAAUGGCUGUAUCAUUUUUAUCAGUGCUUUAUCCAAUGGCGAGCUCAUCAUUACCAGUAAGCACUCUUUUGGUGCUGUUGAAGGCCAAAGCGUCUCCCAUGCGUUAGCCGGAGAGCGGUGGCUUGAAACUCAUUUACGGAAGGUUGGUAAAUCGAAGACUGAACUUGCCCAGGAACUUUUUAAGCGCCAAGUUACGGCUGUGGCAGAGUUAUGUGAUGACGAUUUUGAAGAACACAUUCUUCCAUACCGAGCUGAUCAUCGUGGUUUGUACUUACAUGGUCUAAACUUGAAUGUUCCUGAAUUUACCACGGCAUCAUCAGAAGACGUAUCCACAUUCGCGAAAGUCUGGGGUUUUUUGAAAACUGACUCCUUUUACAUUCAAAAAUUUGAAGACAUGAAACAAUUCUUGGAGGAAGCUGCAAAGACUGGAAAGUGGAACAGUCGCAGUGUCGAGGGAUUUGUUGUGCGUUGUCAUUCUACUGCACAAGCUGAAAAGCACAAGCCAACGAAUGAUUUCUUUUUCAAGUACAAGUUUGAUGAGCCCUACGGCAUGUUUCGACAAUGGAGAGAGGUUACAAAAAUGCUUAUACACGACAAACCUCUAAAUUACGUAAAGUACAAGAAAAUUACUAAUGAAUAUGUGAACUUUUGUAGGAGGAAGUUCCAAGAAAAGCCUGAAUUAAAGGCUCUUUAUCUUAACAACAAAGGUAUAAUAUCUCUGCGUGAAGAGUUUUUACUUCUCUCUAAACUCGACGCUAUGACUAUUUCGAUCGAGUCGAGUAGUGAAAAGCCUUACACAUUACUAGUUCCAAUUGCUACCAUUGGUUGUGGGAAAACGACGGUCGCUAAGAUCUUGGAGAAGCUAUUUAACUGGCCGGUUGUUCAAAACGACAAUAUCCCUUCUGGUAAAGGAGGACCCAAGAGGUUUGCACGUGCAAUUGUCAGCGAAUUUCAAAAUGGUCAUUCUAUUGUUUUCGCUGAUCGAAACAAUCAUAUUCCGAAUAUGAGGAGUGCUCUUCGAAAUGAUGUUUCAGCUGAAUUAGAUGGUGUCCGUUACGUAGCUUUGCCUUUUACGCAAAACUCCAGUACUCGUCCAUUCGUACAAGAGCGAAUUAUAAACCGAGGUGAUCGUCACCAAAGCAUCAAAGUAUCGGAGGGUGUGGAAAAGGUAAAUGCUAUUUUAGACAUGUUUUACAAACAGUACAAACCGUUUGAUCCAGAAUUAUUUUCUCAUGAUCAAGGUUAUGAUGAUAUUAUAGAAUUGGAUCCGCAUGCUGGAUCCCUGGAAAAUACUCGCUUGAUAGUCGAUUAUAUGCGCGAGCAUAUGCCCGACUUGAUAACCCACAGUCCUCGUGAGGAGGAAUACCAGCAAGCUUUGGAAUAUGCUGUUAAUGAUUAUGUGCCUGCUUACACAAAAAAAAUGGGAGGAGGCUCGUUGAAGAGAGAAGAAAACUCCAACGAACUUGAAUAUUUUGGGGUCUGCUUUCCUUCAGAUAAAGUAAAAACUAUUUUGGAGGAAUUAAUUAGGUCAAAGGGCAUAAGCUGGGAUGAUAAGUUUUCUUCUUAUACCCUUCAAGAUUUUUUUCAUGUUACAAUGAUUCACAGUUCACACAUAACAUUAGGUCCCGAAAAAGCUAUUUUAUGGCAGCAAUAUCUUAAGCAACUUGAGAAUAAAAAUGACGGUAUCGAUCAAGUGAACUUUACGCUUAGAAAUCUCGUAUGGGAUGGAAGAAUAAUGUGUUUUGCUGUUGACAUUGACUCGAAGAGUGUCUGGUGUGGAAAAACUGUCAAUCCUCAUCUACACAUAACAUUAGGUACUACUUCGCCUUCUAUCAAAGCAUUUGAAUCCAAUUUAAUGCUAGAGAGGCUGAAAGCAGGGAAAGCAUCACAGGAACCAGAAAUUCAUGUAAUGGAUGUCGAACCUGCAGUCAAUAUUACAGGAACUUUGCGCUCCCUCCCUAAGAAAUAA